AGACAAAUGAACCUAGCCGGACAAAGAGAAGACGUCGGGGAACAAAACCGUUGGGAUUUUUCGCGCCCAAACCCACCGGCACACCACCCCCACCACCCUCGGCUCUUAUCUAACCUCUGUUGUAAACAAACUCUGCGAUUGGUCGAGAGGAGGAGGCUCUCAACCGGAGGAAAUCCAACUUCACGAGAAAAAAAAAACAACAUCAGAGGAUGAGCUAAAAAUUCCACUGGAAAUCCUCAGAGUUUUGGCGAAAUAAGGAGAAUUCACUUGGAAUUCAGUAUUACUUGACCCCUCGUGGAGCUUCUGGGGGAGAGGAUGGCGAAUUUAGUGAGGAACAUCUUCAAAUACUCGAGGGAUUACCUGAGGUCGUCCUGUCGACUAGUGCAUAAUGAAGUCAAGGAUAAAGUCGAGACACAGGUGCAGAAGGAGGAUGAGGAUUUUUCAAGAAGAAGCGACUCAAAGUUGACAGACCCCGAGGCCCCUCUCAUCGUCAAUUUCUUCGAGGAGAGUCCCUCCCCGAAGAAGACCCCCUCCGACAUUUGGAAAUACCGAAGCCAGGAACUCCCCCGACCCAGUCUCCCCCUCAGAGAGGAUUUGGUGCGAGAAUCGAGGCGAGACGCCGCGAAUUUGCGAUCUGAACUUUACGAGAAGGAACGCACGUGGGAGCAGUCGACUGCAAGACUGGAGAACGUCUUGAUCGAGAUUAAAUCUGCUCUGGAGGAGAUGAAGAGGCGAGAGGCUCAGGCGAGUGCAGCGGCGCACCAUCGCAGCGCGUACCUCAACCAUUUGAGGAUAAUGGCUGCGAAGAUUGAGAGAGAGGACAAGGAGAGACGAAGAUUUAAUAUUCUAGUCGUCGGGGUGAGCGCUUCCGACGAAGACGCGACGUCCAGGGCCUCGGAGCUCCUGGAGAAGUACUUCAACCUGCGAGACUGCGUGGCAUCAGCUCGAGUCGUAGGAAAAAGAAGGGACGUCCUGGUGGUGCAGCUGACGAGUGCCGAGGCCAAGGCUGAGGUCACGAGGAAUCGCGCGCUCCUCAAGGACACGGGGAUUCUAAUUCGUCCGGAUUUGACUAUUGGGCAGAGGUUCCUCCACAGGAGACUCAGGGAAAUCGGAUUCGAGGCCAUGAAGCUGGGGAAGAGCGUCAAAUUGGGGUAUACGUGGGUUCGAAUUGAUGACGUUAAGUAUUAUUGGAACUACAGGACGGAUUCCCUUCAGCCGGUUGAUCGAGAUCUGACAAUUGGAUAGGAGUUGAUUAGGAGUUGAUUGAGGCAUGAAUGAGGGAACUAAUUAAUUAGUUUUUAUUCAUGUACUGAGCAAUUUAAUAAUGAACUAAUCAAUCAAUUCUUCAGUUAACAUUAAUUUAAACUAAUUAAUAACUAAUUCA